UCUAACGAUGAGCAACAUUGGGACAAAAUGGCUCCCUUCUUGACUUUGUAACAAGUCGCACACGACGUUCUGUAGGCAACGCCGAUUCUUUCACAAUGUAUAGAGUUGGAGCUAUUGCAGACAUAAUAGGACAGCAUGUAAAACGAGGGUCAAAACCUGGUUCUAAGAAUGCAGAAAGUUGUGAUGUAAGAGGGAAGACUCCACUCUACGUAGACUACACACCAUCGGAACCCACUGCACGUAAGCGGAGAAAACGUGAGAAGGAACAUUUCAACACUAAAAAGCCUAAAACGGAACUGGAACAGAAGAAAUAUGAAGAUUCCUGUGGUCAUGAUGUCUCGGAAAGCGUUCAAGAGCUGAAAGGAGAUGAAAACGAUUCGGACGACGUUCCUACGCGGCGACCAAGGAAACCGACUCGGAAUGUAGACGACGAAGUACAUGUCCAGGAUACCCCAGAGAGGCGAGCUAGGACCAUCUUCGUCGGUAAUUUACCAGCAGCAACUUCUAAGAAAGAGCUAAAACGCUUGUUCUCAAAAUACGGAGCUAUCGAAGGGCUGCGAUUUCGUUCAAUUGCUCCAGCUCGCGAGAAGUUUAGCAAGAAAGUCGCCGCGAUAAAUCGUAAGCUAAUUAACGAAAAUAAGAAAACGGUGAACGCGUACAUUGUUUUCAAAGAAACAAAAUCUGCAAACGAUGCUCUAGAGGCAAAUGCAACUACGGUGGCCACAAAUCACAUCUGUGUCGAUAAAGUAGAUGGAAAACGACAAGUGGACAGCAGCAAGUCAGUCUUCAUCGGAAACUUGCCACUGCACACGACGGACGAAGAACUUUGGGAAUGUUUUUCUCAGUGUGGGAAAGUGCGUUCUGUUCGGAUUGUUCGGGACAGCAACACUGGUAUGGGAAAAGGAUUUGGUUUCGUCAGUUUCAAUGGGCUGGAUGCUGUGGCCCUCGCACUGGAAAUGAAUGGGACAGAGAUUGCAGAAAGGCAUAUACGUGUGAUGCCAGUGGAAAAGAAGAAAUCAAGAGUAAACAAAGUGGGAAAAGGAAAGAAAAAGACGCAGGAUGCUGAAGGAUUGACAGACUUCCACGGGGCUAGAGCUGAAAGACUUCAGAGGAAAAAGAAGCUCAAGAAGGUGAUCCAAGCAAAAAAGAAAGAAAGAAAAGCUAAACUGCUGUUUGGUUUCAAAAAGCGGACGGAAAAUUGACUGAUACAAUCGGAAGGACUUUUCACGUAGGAGUCGUGUUCAGGAUUGCAUGUAUGCUGCUAUAUUGUAAAACGUGAAACAAGCAUAAUGUGCAUGUCGUCCAUGUAAAUGUGUUACCUUUUUUCCAAAUACUGUAUCUUUCAUAGUCAUGCACCGGGUGGUAGUGGUGGUGGUGGUGAUGAAAGAGCUAGUUGCUGUCUGCCUCACAGAGCUGGGCAACGUCACGACUAAUGCUCUGGGGGAAUGUGGGUCCUGGGCCAACUUCUAAGGGAACUGUGCUGACACAUGUCUGACGGCGUCUGAGGAAACCCAGGAAAAAACGCAGACAGCGCAGCCGGCACUGGGAUUCGAACCUGGGGACCUCCCAGUCUUAAUAACAGAUAGCUUUAGGAAUGGAGUGGCACGAAUGGCGGACAUAGGUUUACGCGAAAUAACAGAUUUUCUUCGCUGCUUAGAAAGAAAUUCACACGGGUGACCAUAUAAAUCCUGACAGAAUGUGCCCUGUAAGACUUGAGUAAGAGACGUCCUGCCUGAUCUCCGUGCACGAGAGCGAGACUCUUGUGGCCUAGAUUAUGGAGCGGGACGGCCCUUACCUUUAGAACUAGAAAUAACAACUUGAAAGGAACCGUGUACAUAGUCAUGCACCUUCGUAUCCAUACCUUCGUAUAGAGAUUGAUGCGGGCCUGCAUUGUGAAUUCGUUACUCAAAAAACAAAAAGAGGCAUACUGACAGCACAACAAAUGUAAUGGUUUAGGGACAGUUAAAAAACACGACAUUUAGGGACCCAUCAUUAGGAACGAAAAAGUCUGGCAGUCAGCCAUUCGGUUAUUUACGAUAGAGAAGGGCAUAGCAGUCCGGAGUGCAACAAUGUUUUAAACUGUUUAUUCGUUGUUGUGCCGGGUGUGCCUCUUGUUUUCGGAAUAAUGAAUGUCCUGCCCCAGCGUUUGGACCAUUUUCAGCACUGUGAAUAUUGAAAAGCGUGGACGACACACUUUUCUCGCAUAACAAUCUUUAAACAGCCAAUAAACAUCGUUGUGUGUU